UGAAUGUGUGUGUGUGCUUGUUUCUCUGUGUGUGUGUAGAUGAGUUUGUGUGUGUUUGCGCCAGUACUGAGGCAGUGAAGCAGCGCGAGCGAGCGAGUGAGCAAUACAAAAUAAUAUUUUGCGCAAAAAGGGCCAAGAACCUGAUCAAUAAAUUGUAUUUAAAGUUGAAUGUGACCUAAAACGCGCGUGCUAAACUAGCAAUAAACAAUUUGUGUCCUUGCAUCCUGCCAUUGGCCAAGGCAGCUGACAAACAAAUCGCACAGCGCUGCUCUGAAAAAAGAACGUAAGCAACGAUAACAGCAGAAAAAUUUUGUGUGCAGUGCGCGCGUGCUGCCAACUGUGUGAAAAGUGUUUUGCCAUUGACCACCCGCCUGCCGUCGCCGUCACCGUCCGACCAAUCAAAUCCAAUAACAAAUCAUUUGCCUGUGCGAAGAAUUUAGGACCAAAAAUCCGCGGCCCCAAGCUAUGCAUCAGCAGCAAUCAGCUACGUAGUAGCGUAAAACAAACGGAGCUAGCUCUCUGUUCUGCUCUUGAGUGUGGCGUGCGUACAGUUGAAUUUUUCAACAAGUUGCCAGCACAGCGCGCAACGCGACACAAGCACACACCACACACAUACGCACACACACAGGCACAGCUAUAUGCAUAUAUACGUAUAUAUAUAAAUAUAUAUAGACAUAUAUGUAUAUACAUUCACAAACACCAGCGCGCGCAGAGCGAAGUGAAACAGAAACAGCAACGGCAACAACAACAAGAGGAGCAGCAACGUUUUAGUGAUGUCAUCAGAAAUCGUCGUCCAGCAUCCAUCAACUUCAAACUGGCAAAAUUGAAACGGAAAAGACGCCAAACUGAAGCACUUGUCGGAGAGCGUAACGGUGCUGCUGAAAAUCGCUAAAAUGGACAGCAUCGUCGAGGAGAACGGCAACUCGGCCUCCAGCGGUAAUGUCAACGACGUUGAUGUCACAUCAGCAGCGGCCGCCGCCGCUGUCGCAGCAGCAGCGGCAGCAACAGGCGGCCAACAGCAGCAGCAGCAGCAGCAACAGCAAACACAACAGAACCAGCAAAGUACAACGAGCGGCGUUCCAGCGACGGCCAACACAAACAAUGCCAGCGGCGCGGCAUCCGUGCUGACAACGACCGCCAACUGCAAUAUACAAUACCCAAUCCAGGCGCUAACGCAGCACGGCCUGCAGGUACAAUCCGUGAUACAGGCGGCCAAUCAUUCGGGUGUCAUACAAACCGCUGCCGGCACACAACAGCAACAGCAGCAGCAGCAACAGCAGCAGCAGCAGCAACAACAGCAGGCGCUGGCCGCCGCAUCAGCGAUGCAUAAGGGCGGCGCCACCGGCGUCGUCUAUAUGACCAAGCCGGCUAACACGACGGUCAUUCAUACGACCACGAGCAAUGCAGUGCAAAUCCCUCCAAAUUUUCAAUGUAAGAUCAAACCCGAACCGAAUACCCAGCAUCCGGAGGACAGCGAUGAGAGCUUAUCAGACGAUGAUUCGCAGCAUCACCGCAGCAAUCUGACACGAAGGCCGUCGUACAAUAAGAUUUUCACCGAAAUCAGUGGACCCGACAUGAGCGCGAGUGGAGCACUGCAAAUGUCCGAUGGCAACGUUCUCAGCUCUCAGCUGGGUAGCGGGGCGGGGGGCGGCGGCGGCGGCAACACAGCGAGCAGUCCACUGCUGCACAUGGCAUCGGAGUCGAACUUCUUUUUAUCCAAUCGGAUACCAUACAAUACCAAUAACAGUGGCAUUCCGGAGGAUCAGACACGCAAGCGAGAGAUUCGACUGCAAAAGAAUCGGGAGGCGGCGCGCGAAUGCCGGCGCAAAAAGAAGGAGUAUAUUAAGUGCCUGGAGAAUCGUGUGGCGGUGCUAGAGAACCAAAACAAAGCGCUCAUCGAGGAGCUCAAGUCGCUGAAAGAGCUUUACUGUCAGACCAAGAACGAUUGAACGUGGAGCCGAUGCUGGCAUAAGCAGCAGCAGCAGCGGCUGACAGCAAUAGCAACAGUAGCAGCGGCGGCAGCGACGGCAGCAG